AUGGCGAGCAAAAAAAAACCGGUUCCGACCAAGAGCCUCAAUUUGCGGACCGGAGGAUCCCAAGGGAAUGUCGCUGCACCCCAUGAAGCCUCAAAACCACCACAGUUCUUGUUUGUCGAUGGCCCGUCACUGGAACGAAGGGGCAACUCCAAAUCUCGUGGCACGCUCUCGGUUUUGAUUCGCCGGCGACUCUCGGAAAAGCGGAGUGUAUACCGACAGGAGGAAGAAGUUAAGAGGCAGGAAUUGAUUGUUCAAAGUCAGGAGCGUGAUGUAUACUCAUCGGCGCGUUGGUGUGCCUGUCAUGGAACGGCUAGGGGCCAGGCCCAACGCCAGGUAGCCACCAAUAGGUUAACGGUACCCCGGACGCGAAGAAGCGAUGGAACAGUUGCCGAGAUACAAUGUGGCACCUGCGGAGGGUUCCGAGUGGUCCACCAGGCGCAUGGCAGCAAGGCCCUGGCCCCGUCUCUGCGUCCUGUCAAUGGCAGGGCAGACCCUUUUUCAUCGGUGGAUCCAAGCCUCGGGCCAGGUGUAGAAGAUCUAGUUCAGUUUGCCGUCAAGAAUAUUUGGCCAAGUUUCCGCCGCGCAGAUUACGCUAGGCGAUGCUACCAAUCAUGGAUCGCACCGAACCCGGAAAACAAACUUGUUAUCUACUGUAACCUAUGGGCUGGCUCAUGUCAUCGCGAUGUUCUGCGUAUUAGCUACGGAGCCGAUCCAGUGUUGGACAUUAAGGACCAGCUGUACUACAAGGGACGGAUUCUGAGUCUGCUGCGUGAGCAUGUGACCGACUUUACCAAAGAAGAAUGGCGAGAUGGAGUCAUUUUGGCGAUUUUGUAUCUGGCUGUCAACGAGACUGAGAGACGAGAUCUUAGCCGCGACUCAAGCCCUUUCACGCCGCCGUUCCUGGAUAUGCAAAUGCUGUCAUUCUAUGGUAGUCGGGACUAUCACACCAUGCAUUGGGGUGUGGUCUGUAAUCUGCUCGCCCAACUGGGCGGGAUCCAGUCCAUCAAGCUAUUCGGCGUGGGUUGGUUGACCUCAAUUGCGGAUCUCAUGAACGCUGCCCACUCUCUAACUAAACCACUUUUCCCAAUUGUGGACGUCGAGGGAAAUGUGACGAGUUUUCUACCUCCACUGCACGCCUUUCCCUUCCCGGGUGAUCCAUCCAGGCAGACAAAACUUGGUUUUAGGGUUUUGCGAUCCUCCCGUCCGCCGGUGAAAGAGGCCAUCGUGGACGUUUUCCUCCACCUUAAUCUAUACUCCACGAUGGUACAACGGCUCUACAAUCAAAGCCUCGAACCAUCAGAUUGCGACCGUUUCGCUGAUUUCCGCAAUCAAGUCCACCACACCCUCUUCAGCCUGCCUAACGAGCAAGAUCCCCCUGGAACAGUCUUUGAUAUGGGUGACUUUUCCCCUGAUGACUUUUCUGCAUCCCAUGAGCUUUACCUUACCUGCCGAUUGGCAACGAAGCUGUAUGCGACACAUGUCACUUUUCCUGUGCCGCGAUCUGCUUUGCUUCGUGCAAUCAUCCUUCCGCUUCUUAGCAGCAAGCUUGACCAAAUAACGCAGACCACAUCCAGUCCAUUAAUUCUAUGGUGUGCGACCGUGGCAGCCAUCGCGGCAGAAGAGACACCAGAGAACUGCCAGCUGGCUGAACUUGUCAAAAGACUCUGUCAGGAGUUAAAGGUCACAUCAUACACAUGUUUCAUCGACAUUCUGCAAUCCUUUGCCUGGGUGGAAGUCGCAUGCUCGGAGGGGUGUUAUCGCCUGUGGAAGAGAUUAGAAGUCACUGGCACGGGUGAACGCCUGUAG